AUGAGUUUACUUUUUUCUCCAGAGAGUGGUUUUGUGAACGACGAAAAAGCCUUCCUGUUCACUCUUGCGAAUCCAACUGGAGUUCGCCCAACAAAACUUCCCCAAGCUGCAGAUAGCAACGCCGGGAUUUGGUGUAAUGCGAAUUAUGGUGCUGGUUUCGGUUCUGCCAAUGGAUGCACUAUAGCAUUCCCGAAUAACAGCAAUGCCAAUUCCUCAAAUUGCACCAUCACUGAUGCGUAUGGUGGCUUUGAGUGUCCAGAAGAGAGAGCAUUAUCUACAUUUAUUUCUG